AUGUGUCCAAAGUACAUUGACGAUGCCCAAGAGGUUGAUUUCAUCCGUAAGACUGCCGUAAUUGACAGAGAGCUCCAUCGUUUGAAUGUUGACAUCGCGGGACUGCAGGAGACGCGGCUUCCAGAUGCGGGCUCUAUCAGGGAGGAUAAUUACACAUUCUUCUGGCAGGGGAAGUCUCAAGACGAGCCAAGACUUCAUGGCGUAGGAUUUGCUGUUAAAAACGCCCUCCUGGACUGUACUGUGCCACCAUCCGGUGGAACAGAGCGAAUUAUUGAUUUGAAAAUAUGCUCCUCAAGUGGCACUGUCAACAUCCUAAAUGUGUACGCUCCUACCUUAUCAUCCUGCAUGGAAGAGAAGGAUCUGUUUUAUGAUUUACUCAGUGACAGAAUAGCCAAGGUACCUAGCACCGAGACACUGUAUAUUCUAGGGGACUUUAAUGCUAGAGUUGGAUCAGAUAACGAAAUAUGGCCGAAUUGCCUGGGACAUCAUGGGGUGAGAAAAAUGAAUGAAAAUGGCCAGAGACUGCUUGAAGUUUGCUGCUUUUAUGGACUCUGUAUCACAAACACAUAUUUCCAGCUUAAGGGUCAGCACAAGGUGUCUUGGAGACACCCGCGCUCUCAUCACUGGCAUCAACUUGACUUAGUCAUAGCUAGGCGUACUGGUCUCAGAAAUGUGCUACUGACACGAAGUUAUCAUAGUGCUGAUUGCAACACAGACCACGCCCUAGUGGCGUGCACAUUGAGGCUCACUCCUAAGAAAUGUCACCACGCUAAACCGAGAGGUCAUCCCCGUAUCAACACAGAUCAUGUUCAUGACACACAAAGAAAGCAGGAUUUUGCCAGUAAUUUUGAAAGUGCUUUCCCAGGAAACGUGCAAGCAGAAUGGAAUGUUGAUAAGAAAUGGGCAAAACUCUCGGGUACAAUCUACAACUCAGCAGUACUGGCCUAUGGAAUAAAAGGAAAAAGAAACAAGGACUGGUACGAGCAAAAUUUGGAAGAAAUGGAACCAGUCACUGAGGCUAAACGGAAAGCCCUGCUUGCUUACAAAAGAAACCCAAAUGAAAGAACUCGAGAUGACCUACGAAAAGCAAAGAACAGGGCACAGCAAACAUCCAGGAGAUGCGCAAAUAACUACUGGCUGAAUUUAUGUGUAGGUAUACAGAAAGCGGCCGACUCUGGGAAUGCUAAGGCAAUGUACGAUGGUAUUAAGAAAGCAAUUGGACCAACUGUCAGGAAAACAGCUCCUCUGAAGUCCAAGACGGGUGAAGUCAUUACUGAUGAAGGCAAACAAAUGGAACGCUGGGUUGAACACUACCUCGAGUUGUAUGCAGUCGAGAAUGAAGUUAGCAAGGAUGCAUGUGACGCCAUCAAACAAAUGCCAGUUAUGGAAGAACUAGAUGCAAUGCCUACUAUGGAAGAACUUAGUAGAGAAAUAGAUUCUCUUGCUAACGGAAAGGCCCCAGGUGAAGAUGGGAUCCCUGCAGAGGUUAUUAAGUAUAACAAGCCUGUUCUUCUCAAACAUUUAUAUUCACUUAUCACAACCAGCUGGGAAGAAGGUUAUGUCCCGAUGAAACCGCCCCCUCUGCUGCUGCUGCUGCUGCUGCUGCCGCUGCUGCCACGGCCUUGCCGCCGCCGCCGCCGCCGCCGCUCCACGCCCACCAACAUAGACACAAAUCAGUUUGGUUUAUCUGGCGUCGCGAGGAGCGCGCCGCCCGCCCUCCGGGGAGGAGUUAGGGGUGCGAAGGGGGCGGGGGAGGGGGAUGGGGCGCGCGUCGUGGGAGGAGGGUGGCGGAAGGAGUUGGGGAGAAUCGAACAACAGCGCAAACAAAACAGGGUAGUCCCCGGGGAUUCCCCUCCCCCUUCCCCAGCGGGUGGGGAGUACGAGAGGUGGAGACCCGGGUGGGUGGUGAGCUCCACCCCAAAAGGGGAGCCAGACGGCGGAGCGGGUAGACGCAAGACCGAUGGCGCGACCGGCGCCAAAUUGAAAGUGGCGCCCAGGCGCUGGACUCGCGUGGCGGCACUCACUUGGCGUGCCGACGACCCCGCCAAACGGACCCGAGCUGCCCGACUCGCCUGCCGACUGACUGACACUACUGCUCUGCCCUCCGACUCAGCUUGGAGGACGAACAACUGGAACGGAUGA